UUUUCUGAGGCUGAGGAUAACUGAAUUAAACACAGCCAUGAACUGACAGACGCUUCUAACACUUGAAUACUACCCACAAUCACUACUCUUCCUCUGCCCAUUAACAAAAACCCAUGUCAAUUUCAAUGGCUUUGUUCUCUCCGCCACCAACCCAAUUCCUCCGAUCCCUUUCUUCUAAACCCCAUCUCCUUACCAAACCCACUUCCUUUCUCACACCCAUAAACCCACCCUUUCUUUUCUCUGCUCCAAAAGCCUCCACUGAUAAUGGUGCUGGAAUUUCAGCUGCUGCUGCUGCUGUAGAGGAGCCGAAAGAAGCCGAGCCUAAGGCUGCUGAACCGUCUCCGGCUGCCGUAGAGAGUUCUUUAGGCAGUAAUGGUGCGGUGAAGGACGCAGAAGUCAAGUUAGAAAGCAAAUUUGUGGACCCUAGAUGGAUUGGUGGGACUUGGGACUUGAAACAGUUUCAGAAAGAUGGAAGCACUGAUUGGGACUCUGUUAUUGAUGCUGAGGUAAGGAGGAGAAAAUGGCUCGAGAGCAAUCCGGAAUCUUCCACCAAUGAUGACCCUGUAGUUUUUGACACCUCAAUCAUCCCAUGGUGGGCGUGGAUGAAAAGGUUCCAUCUACCUGAGGCAGAACUACUUAAUGGACGUGCUGCAAUGGUCGGAUUCUUUAUGGCCUACUUCGUGGAUAGCUUGACUGGUGUUGGUCUAGUUGAUCAAAUGGGCAACUUUUUCUGCAAGACACUAUUGUUUAUAGCCGUCGCAGGAGUACUUUUGAUCCGAAAGAAUGAGGAUAUAGAAACUCUAAAAAAGUUGGUGGAUGAGACAACCUUUUAUGACAAGCAAUGGCAGGCAACCUGGCAGGAUGAGACCCCUAGCAGUUCCAAAACAGAGUAGCUAGAAGUUGUUUUGCAUGGCAAUCAUUAAUUGUUGUAUUCAGCUUUUGUUUAUGUUGUUGUAAUUGUGCAUUUGCAGUGUAAUCUUAUAUGCAUUGAUUAAUUAGAUUCUCUUUGGAGUGAAUGCAAAGCUGAUCCUUAGUUCAAAAA